AUGGAUUGGUCCAAUUAUAUGUUCAUUAAAUAUUUCAUUCAUAGGAUGUCAUAUGAAUUAUUUAAAUGUUGUAUCAAUAAUUAUGUAUUUAUUAUUUCCAAUAUGUUUAAAAUAAUAAUUAUAUUACCAUCAUUUGUUUAUUCUAAUUUAAUAUUAUAUCGAUUUUUAAAGACUCAAACUACACAACAAAAACAUUUUCUAUUAUUUCAACCAAUUUUAUUAUUUUAUACCAUUUAUACCAUUUUAGCAAUAUUAAAUUAA